AUGGGAACGAAAUAUUCUUCAUCAAAAUGCACAACAACAACAAUCGAUUAUAUUCGAACUAAAGAUGUUAAUAAAUUAAAUCGUCAACUUAGUAAACGAAAAACAUCAUUUCGAAAUAAGAAAAAAUCAAAAGAAAAAGAAGAAAAUAAUAUUCAAUUAUUACAAUUUGAUGUUGAUCAUGAUCAACAACAACGUUCAGCACUUCAUUUUGCUGCUAUUGAAGGUGAUGCAACAAUUAUUGUUGCUCUUUAUGAAUAUAUGCAUACAGUUGAUGUUACUGAUGCAUCAGGUCGAACACCAUUACAUUAUGCAGCAAUUGCUGGUAAUGAAGAAACAUUAACGACUUUACUUGUUUGUAAUCCUGAUAUAAAUCGUAUAAGUAAAGAUGGAACAAGUCCAUUACAUGAAGCAAUUAUUCAUAAUCAUCCUGGUAUUCUUACUCUAUUAAUUCAACAUAAUGCUGAUGUUAAUAUAUUAUUUCAAAAUUAUCUUCCAUCACUUAUACUUGCUGUUUAUCUUCAACAUAAAAAUAUUGUUGAAAUUCUUAUUCGUCUUGGUAUUAAUCCUAAUCUUACUGAUAUACAUAUGGGUCGAACAGCUCUUCAUUAUGCCGCUUAUUUUCAUGAUAAUACAGUUAUAUUUCAUUUAUUACUUUCAUCAACUGUUCAUCAUACAAUUGAUAUCAAUGAUCAUGAUAAUAAUGGAUUUUCUAUACUUGAUUAUGCUCGAGCAAAUAUUCAUGGUAGUACAGCUAUUGUUAAUUUACUUUUACAAUUAAAUGUAUAUGAUCCUGAUCGUGGAGAAAUAUCAAAUGAUAAUAUUCAAAUUGAAAUACCAAAUAUAAAAAUAUUUCAAUCGUUAAAUGAACUUUCAUUAUUAAAGAACAUAGAUAAUGAAAUUAACACAUUAGAAAAAAUAAAACCUAAAAAAACACUUAAACUUGAAAAGAAAUCUAAAUAA